AAUAUUUGAAAUUGAUAGAUCUGUCUGAUAUUUAUAGAAUUCAAUAUUUAUUUUUUGUGAUGAUGAAAUUUUACAGUUUGAUUACAUUAUUACAUAUUCCAGAUGAGUCUGGUGCUCGGGCAAAAGGUACUCCUGGUACAGGCAAAUCUACACUAUGUGCAGAAUUGAGUCAAAGAACUGGUUUGGAAUGGAUAAACAUUGGAGAAGUUGCCAAAACAAAUGAAUUAUAUGAAGGAUAUGAUGAUAUCUAUGAUUGUCCCAUAAUUGAUGAAGAUAGAGUUGUUGAUGAUUUAGAAGAUGAAGUAAAUGAAGGUGGAAAGAUAGUUGAUUAUCAUGGCUGUGAUUUUUUUCCACAAAGAUGGUUUGAUAUUGUAUUUGUUCUUAGAACAAAUAAUACAAUAUUGUAUGACAGAUUAGUAGCUAGGGGUUAUAAUGAAAAAAAAUUACAAGAUAAUCUGCAGUGUGAAAUAUUUCAAACCCUGUUAGAUGAAGCUAGAGAAUCAUAUGAUUCUCAGUUAGUAUUUGAAUUACCCAGCAACACUCCUGAAGAUAUGGAAGACAAUCUGGAAAAAAUGUGUCUAUGGAUUGACCAGUGGAAGCAACAGCAUAAUUCUGGAUAACAACAAUAUUCAAAAUAGAUAUAACAUGUAACAUUUAUAAUAAUUUGCUAUUAAAUAUUGUAUAUUUAAAA